AUGAUGUUGGAGAACAUCAACGCGUCCCUGGCCUACCUCGGUGGCGUCGGGGUGGCCCUGGACGGGCUCACGGCCAAGGACAUCAAAGACGGAAACCUCAAGGCCAUCCUUUCCUUGUUCUUUGCUCUCUCUAGAUAUAAACAGCAGCAGAAGCAAGCACAGCAGGAAAGAAAAGAACUUGAAAAGCUAAGGGAGAAGAAACUCGAAAGCGAGAUGGUCACAACUGCUGCAUCAAAGUUGGGGUCGCCGUACAAGGGGCAUGGCAGCGGCGGCGGCGGCGGCGGAGGCGGGGGCGGGGGCGGCAGUGCCAUCCCCACGCCGGCACUGGGAGGACGACGCCCGCCCCCGGAUCACCACGCCCGCAUCCUCAGGGGGAACACGCCCGCGUCCUCGACUGCUUCGCCAGUUCAUUUCAGCAGUUUGAGAAUAUCACCUGUUCACUGUCAGACAUUGGCGGUGAAUUAUGAUUGUGCCGUUCUUCGAGACUCACGUUCUACCAGGUGCCGUAUCUCCACUCCUGUAUCCUAUUUCACGGUUCCUAUAAAGGGAAUUUUCGAAUAA